AUGGCUGGUAAGAGCCGUGCUGCGUUGCGUCGAGACAAGAAGAGGAGGCAACCGACGGCGUCGCGUCAUGCGUCAUCAGCUGCAGUUCUGUCCACUGAAACGCCUCACCAUCGUGUGCAAAAGAAGAGUCUGUACGACAGCGACUCGGACGCAUUGAACGACUCGAAUCGAGCCGCGACGAUUCCGCUGCCGUCGCUGGAGAAUGGCGAUAUUGUGUACGACUUUGAGCUGGAGAAGACAAAGAAGCAGAAGACUAGCAAGCGCGUAAACGUGGAGAAAGACGUGCUGGAACAGCGCAAAAAGAGGUGCAGGGAAGAAAAAGCCGAGAAGAUUGUGUGGCGCAAGUUUGAUCGCGAGAAUGUCGCUUUUGAGCGCUUUUAUGAGCGCUGUUUAUGCCUGGCGAAGCAAGAGUUUGCGCGUUUCAUGGCUUGCUUGAGAGAGCCACUGCCCGUGUACGUGCGUGUGAAUGGCAACUACAAAAGCUUGAGCGAGAUCGUGACAGGAACGUUGGAGAUGGACUUUAAUCUGGAGGAAGUGAAGGUACCGGUGCCUGUGGGAGGCGGGGAGAUGCACGUACAGUUUGGGCCUGAGGCGUGGGUUCCCGAAAAGAGACUGUGGAAGCUCUCCGUGGACAGCAAAACCUGUCGUAAGGUGGAAAGUUUGCGCUCGCUUCAAACGUAUGUGCGAGCCCAAGGAUCUUUAGGCACGCUUCUUCGGCAGGAUCCUGCUGCUACUGUGCUACCGGCAUUCUUGGAUGUGCAGCCGGGUCAACGAGUACUAGAUCUUUGUGGCGGUGGCGAACACCGUGCACCGGUUGUGGCCGAGUAUUUGUGUCCUGCCGCUGUGAAUCGUGUUAGCAUUAACGCCAGCACCAGUGCAGGAAGCCUUUUGGUCGUGAACGAACACGACGCUACAGAGGCGGCGUCGGCAGUUCGUAACCUGACACGCACACUGCCGCUUGUUCGCGAGCUCGUGGUGACGGCGCACAAACCAGAGGACUUUCCUAUCCCAUCGGCCGCGGAUGGUCUCUUUGAUCGCGUCAUUUGCUGUGCGCCGUGUUCUGGUGAUGGUCUGGCUCGCAAGCUCCCUGAGAAGUGGCGUACAUGGAGUCCUGAGCAAGCGCUGGUUCACCACCCGAGUCAAGUUGGUCUGGCUGAACAUGCGCUCGCUCUUGUACGUACUGGAGGUUUGUUGCUGUACAGCACUCGAUCACUAAACCCGAUUGAAGAUGAGGCAGUAAUUGCUGAGCUACUCCGCCGGUCAAAGGGGGCGUUGGAGCUUGUCAAGACCGACCAUAUAAUGGAAGGGUUGGAGCGCUCGCAUGGCGUGACGAAGUGGGACGUUCUUGAUGUGGCUACGUGGGAUGAUACACCAGAAGACCAGCGGCAUCGUUUUCGUCCGUCUAUGUGGGCUCCGGCAUCGAAAGAGUGCGACGACAUGCAUCUUGACCGCUGUGUUCGCGUGUUGCCUCACCAGAACAAUACCCAUGGCUUGUUUCUUGCGGUCAUGCGUAAGGUCCGUGAAACCGAUGUCGUCUCAGCUGCUAUGGGUCCGGCCCCACUUACUCUAUCGAUGAAUAAGGCGGCUACAAUGUAUAAGAAGGAGAAAAAGCAGGCGAAGGCUGAAAAACCGUUUGGUAGUUUUACCACCCUUGACACGAAGCACCUAUCAUGCAUGCGGUCAUUUUUCGGACUUCAUAGCAACUUGGCAUUCCUGGAGCGCGUAGGUAUGGCUCGUCAAAAGCGUGCGGUGCACGUGGUCACGCCUGCUGUCGCAGAGCUGGUCACUAACCAUUUUCGUGGACGGUUGAGUAUCUAUCACGCUGGUGUGUUCGCGCUGCGACCAGGAACGGAGACCGACGUUGUUUCUGAUGAGCUUACAGAUGACGGAGCACGAGUAUUGAUGUCUGAGAUGAAUGCUCGAGUGUUGAGCUUGCCGCUGGAUGAAUUUUCGUCCUUCCUGGGAUCCCGCGAAAUGUGGUUGAAAAAUGCAGGCAAGCACGCUCGGGAGCAACUAGCUGAUAUGGCAGAGGGAAGCCUUGCUGUUGCGCUGGACGACUCGGAACCCGCUCAGACGGGUGACCGAGACAUUGUGCUAGUUGCUGUAAAGCGGCACAAUUCCUGCUCGAUCGUAUCGUCCCCUGCAGCGAUUGCGCGCGUCAAGGCUUUGCUUGAAGAGCUGAAUGAUGCAGGGGGAAGAUGGCGAGGACGGCUGUGA